UUCCGGCGGGGCGAUGGGCUGGUGGCGGUGGCUGCCGCCGCCCAGGAGGGCGCGCAGGAGCCGCCGCUGCCGCCGCCCCGAGGCCGGGCGCUGCGGCACCGCCACUUAGCGCUGCUGCUGCGGCGGCAGACCUGGUACUACAUGUGGUGGUGUUUAGAAGGUCGAUGGCAGUGACACCCUUGGUGGUAUUUGCUGUAAAAAAGCUCUGAAGAAUUUAGAGUUCUCAGGAGGAGCAAGUGACAAGCUUCUGGUGUUGAUUUUAUUGGUGGCUAUAGAAGAAUAAUGGCAGGCAACAACCAGAUUUGCAUUCGACGUUGGACUACCAUGAAUGUGGCCAAGUGGCUGAAGGAAGAAGGCUUCUGUGAAUAUGUGGACGUUUUGUGCAAUAGACACAGGCUAGAUGGAAUUACACUGUUGACACUUACAGAGUAUGAUUUACGAUCCCCUCCUUUGGAAAUCAAAAUCCUGGGGGAUAUCAAGAGACUGAUGUUGUCUAUACGAAAACUGCAGAAGCAACAUAUUGAUGUCCUGGAAGAGCUGGGUUACAACAGCGAUAGUCACGUUGGCACAGUGUGCCCAAGUAUGGGCUCACUGCAGAGUACAGAUUGGUUUUGUAAUGGUGAAGUACCUCGGGACUAUGAUGGACCCAUCACUGACUUGAAUGGUGAUCAGCAUCAGUAUACAAAUGGCAAAAACAAACACUCCACUCGAAGACUGGACCCAGAGUAUUGGAAGACAAUUUUAAGUUGUGUGUAUGUCUUCAUUGUGUUUGGCUUUACGUCGUUCGUUAUGGUUAUAGUACAUGAGCGAGUACCUGACAUGCAAACGUAUCCUCCUCUACCAGACAUAUUUCUAGACAGUGUCCCUAGGAUACCGUGGGCUUUUGCUAUGACUGAAGUAUGUGGUGUAAUUCUUUGCUACAUUUGGCUAUUGGUUCUUCUGCUUCACAAACACAGGUCUAUACUUCUGCGAAGGCUGUGCAGCCUCAUGGGGACAGUGUUCUUACUACGUUGCAUUACAAUGUUUGUUACCUCGCUCUCUGUGCCAGGACAGCACUUGCAGUGUACUGGAAAGUUGUAUGGCAACGUUUGGGCAAAACUCCAACGGGCAUUUGCAAUAUGGAGUGGCUUUGGAAUGACUCUGACUGGAGUACAUACCUGUGGAGAUUAUAUGUUCAGUGGCCACACUGUUGUCCUGACUAUGCUCAACUUCUUUGUCACAGAAUAUACACCAAGGAGCUGGAACUUCUUGCACACCUUGUCAUGGGUCCUGAAUCUCUUUGGGAUCUUUUUCAUUUUGGCUGCACAUGAACAUUACUCUAUAGAUGUCUUCAUUGCCUUCUACAUCACUACAAGACUCUUUUUGUAUUACCAUACUCUGGCUAACACUAGGGCGUAUCAGCAGAGUAGGAGAGCAAGGAUCUGGUUUCCAAUGUUUUCUUUCUUUGAAUGCAAUGUUAACGGUACUGUUCCCAAUGAGUAUUGCUGGCCCUUUUCAAAACCUACUCUACUGAAAAGGUUGAUUGGCUGAAGAGUAUGCGGGUCAGUUCAGACUUCUGUGAGGAGUUGCAACUAAGAUCCGACAAGGCUAGCUGAGGGGAAUGUAAAGUAAUGGUUUUUGACUCUCUGAUCUCCUCUUCCUUGUCUUGUUUCUUAGAUUCUUAGCCAUAACAUGGGGUUCCCAUGCUUCACAGGGAUGUGGGUUUGAGGUUUUGUUGCUGAAAUACAAAAGCAAUGUGGGGGCUAGUAAGGGUUAUCAGGGAGCCAGGAAUAUAAAGCAGAAUGCCAUUACCUGUAGCAAGGGUUUAUGUGAAUGUUUAUGUAACUUCAAAUAUGUGCUUGUACAGAAUAGAAUUCUACACUUCACAGGUGCAAAUCUCCACUACCUAACGUGCCAGCCUGGCUAAAAAAGUAGGACUUUAUUAUAAAGACUCUCCUUUGAAACAGUCCUAAGUGUAAUUUUCAAAACAAUCUCUGUAUGCUUAACAGUGGAGGAGUACUGUGUCACAAAGAAAGUAGUAUAGCUCCUUGCCACUGUCAAACAACUUACUUGAACUGUUCCUUGAAGUGUUAAAUAAUAAGUCUUAAAGUAUAACUGACACUAUAAAUGGUCUGCAUACAGAUUGCCAAAAAUGAAAGUCUGUCUUGUGGCUAUGCAGUGAUUUUUUUUUGAGAGCUUAUUUAGUCUAAUCAUUAGCUGCCAAUACAGUUGUUCUAGCACUCUAAGUCUUCCCUUUUGUGUUUAAAUACAUGAGCUAAAGUAACUGCUGCAUCCAGUGAAGGUAAUUAAUUUAGCUUUAGUGAGUUUAGAGCCACAAAAUAACUUUUGUGUGGUUUUAAUUGUUUUCUUCCCCAACCUGUGCAUGUUUUUUGGAGCAGCUCUUUAACACUGAGAAAACAGAACAGUGACCUUCUUCAUGUAUUUUAUUGUCCCAUAGUGGGUGGGGAGAUGCAUGUAGUAACUCUUCAAGGAGAACUAAUAAUAGUGAGUAUUGGAAAUAGUACACACGUUGAUGUAUGUUGUAGCAGUCUGAUGUCAGCAGUGUGGUGAACGUUUCUGUACAUACAUAUGCACAGUAUAUUUGUUAAUAGAUAUAAACACAUAUGCUCUGAUCAGUAUGGGAAGAGACUACUUUUAAACUAAGUUGCUCAUUGACUACACUGAAAGAUAACAGUACUAUAAGCAGUUGAAUUUUGGUUGUUUAAAAAUAAACAAAGAACAAAACCCACAACAAAACAACCCCCAAGCCACCACUUUCAAUUCAUGGUGUGUUAGCACGGUUGUAUGGUGAUCUCUUACGCAGUGGUUUGUAAGGGGACAGUCCCAGGGUUGGACAUAGAGACUUAACAUAAUAUUUCAGCUAAAGGAAAACUGAGAGGUGGAAAGGUGCAAAACAUAGAAGUGGCACAGACUUUCUAAUUUGGUUAUAGCAAUUUCUGAGCAGGUGAUAAGUGCAAGUGGUUGUGUAAGUUGUCUUUGGAAAAGCUACAUAAAGCACUUAGAGCUUGGUACAAGCUGACUUGAUGUCUACAAUAUACUUAGCUUUGCUGGGAAAAAAUCCCUUUGGAAUUUUGCUAGAGAGUUUUGUAUGUGCAGACUUGUAACCUGCUGUGGGCUGCUCUUUAUUUUGUUCCUCUUAUAAACCUGGAAUCUAGUAACUAGAGUAUAUUCAGUUCUUUGUAGUAUAUUACUUUGUAACUUAAUUUAGCACCUGUUCCACAGGAGUUGUGCAUCUUAGAGUAUCUCUGCCAGCUGUAUUGAGCACAGAUGCAUUGUACUAUUUGGCAGACUUUUAUAUCUGUAACAUUCCAGUUUUUUAGCAGAAUUGCAGGUUCCGUUUGGUGUAGCCCGAUGGCUCCUGCCAUCCACUGUGGGAGUACACUUACUAUGAGGGGAAAAAAAGAGGAAAUAUUCUAACAUGUGGAAUGACUUUUUAUUUGCUGUUCUUCUCUUUCUGAUUUCAGAAAGACAACUUGAACAUUCCUCUUGAGACUUUAUAAUCAAAGAACUAUAGUUGUUAAUUUCUAUUUGCCUUUGCAAUGCACACGCAGUUCCAAGUGCUGGUUUUUUAAACUCUAGGAAACAUCUCUUCUCAGGAUGUGCAGAUUGUACUCCAGGUGAAAGCAUGAGGAGAGGUAUCCAGUCAAAUUUGCAAAGCUGUUCACUCUGAAAAGAGCCAUGUCAGUACUAACUGGCUUAGCUGUGUCUAAGCUGAAAACUGAUUUUGCAACUUAGGCACGCAGGAGAACUUUUGAGUCCAGCCCAGUGUAAUAACGUUUACAUAAAGUAAAGCUGUCUCAUUUCAACAAAAAAUGGAGUUCAUAAACUUUGAAAUAUGAGGCUUCUCCUUGUUCUAAUUUAAUUCUUCAAAUUCUGUUAAGUAAAUCCAUAUUCUCAAUCAGCAUUGCCUAUUGGUGGUUUUUUUAAAGGAAACUUGUUCUUUUCUGCUGCUUCCCUUGGUGCUGAAUACCUGAAUCCGAGAUAAGCGAUACAAGAAGGUUGUUUUUAUGAGCAUUGCAGUGAGUUAAAACUUUGUCAGGAUAAUGGACCUGUUUUGGAAAUUAAUUCUUUCUGUCUAUAAACAUGCAAGAGACAGGCUUGUAAUUGAUAGAAGACAGGAAAAUCUGAGCUUGCCAACAAAACUGCACAGGUCAUUGAAAGUUGGUAAAGUAAGUUUUAUUGUUCGCUACAGGGAAACUAGUUUCAAGUGACUGAUAGCUUAAAAGUAUGGACCUUCUUUUUAAAGUGUCAGUGUUUUGAAAGCAUUUGGCUGCUUCUGUGCUGCUGACAAGCACUUUCAAGUAAAGGCAGCAGAGCAUCACUGGCACUUGGAUUUAAAGCUAAAUAUGACCAGGGUUGUCCUUCCCACGUGUUAAUGCAAGAGUGUUUUUGCCGUCCUGUAACGUGCUGCACCUUUUUUGUGCAAAGCCCUUUUCUGUGGUCUGGGAGCACAAGUAAUCUGAAUGCAGAGGAAUAAAUGAAUUACUGAGUUAUGGGAGCAGGUGCAAAGUGUCUGUCAACAUUAGCCUAGUACUACAAAGUGCAGAAACUAGUCAAACAGAAAAGUCUUACCUUGAAUGGCUUUGGAUACACAAAAGAAGAGGAGGGCCACAUUUUUUGAUACCUUAGCAAAUCUAAUAGUGUUUAAGACUUGACAAUAGUCUCAAGCUCUUCCCUAUCUAUUAACUGGAGAUAUGUAUGCACAUAGCUGCAAGCAACAGACACAGGUAUUACCCCAUCCCUUCCUUCCUGUCCUGUUGUACCUUACUAUACAGCUUCUUAAAAUAAGUUUCCUGUACUUCUUGUCUUUAGUUUGUCCUUUCUGGAAGAUCCCUUAAAGUGGCACUGCAGCCAGAAAUCAGCUUGUCACAGAUGUGCAUUUUAGAAAAUGCUGCUUACACUGACAGAAGCUUAUGGAAGGCUCCUCCAGCUGCUCUGGAAUGGUGAUACAGACAGCUUCUAUAUCUGCUAACUAGCUUCAUGUCCUCUGGCAAACAAGGUAACUGUUACACAAGGUGUUGGUACGGAAAUAUAGAUAGGCUUGAAGUAUACAUCCAAGACCAGCAAGAAUUGGAUCCUCUAAGUAUGUUCCUUGUGGUGAAUCAGAUGAUAUGCCUAACUUUAAGCAAAUCACUACUCCUGAGUUCAGUGGGGGUUGCCAUUUCAAUGUAGGCAUCUCUGUGAAUAAGGCCAAGCUGCGCUGUGUGUGAUGCACUGCUGCGGUCAAUGGCAGUAGGCAGUGUCACUUUCUCUGCCCCCACAGUUACUAUGGAAGAAAACAUUCCAGUAGAAUUUCAAAGCAAUUACUAGUUAACUGGCUUCUGAGAGAAUAAAAUUGUAACCAGCCUCCCUGGUUUUCUGUUAAAUGAGACCAUUUAGAAGUACUGAAACCUUUCAGUGAGGAUAAAAGCACAGGUGUCUAUAAUCUUACCUAUAUGACUGUGUCACAUAGUGCCAAAGCGAGUAUUGAAGGGAAAGAUGUGAGGAGCAAACUCAGACAUACAUGCAAGUCUUUUGCAACAGGUAAUAUUUCCUUGGGAAUUUUAAUCAGUGUUUGCAUACUUAGCACUAUGCUUGUCCACCGUUAGCUAGUUUUUGAUGUAUGACAGUCCACUAGGUUUUCAAGCACCAAAACCAUUGUGGAGCUGAGCAUUCAUUAUUAAAUGUGCAUUUGAAGAAACAGCAGAUGUUUACAGGGGGAAAAAUGGGUUUGUGGACCUGGAGUAUUGAUAAGAAUAGCCUGUAACAAAUGCUAGCUAUUAUUCCUGUCAGUGUAGUUUCUACUGAAGAGUUGGGGAGAAUUUGCAGUAAGCUACAGACAAUAAUUGAUUUUUUCCUUGGGUUUGUUUUGAUUUUUUUUGGUUGUUGUUUGGUUUUGGUUGGUAGUUUUUCUGGGGUUUUUUUGCAGGUUUCUUUUGAGUCAUCUGUGACACUUAUAGAAACUUAACACGUAGUUAGAAAACUCAUCGUGGUCUUGUCAACAUGGAAGUAUAUUUGGCAGAAGCCAUCUUACUCUCUGCAUGUAGACUGCAUCAGUCAGCAGUCACUUGACAGGCCAUUGAUGAUUCAUACAGAUUGUAAUUUCUGAUACAUUUUUGACAUUGAAAAGAUACAUUGGGAAAUUACCCUAACUGAGAGAAUAUUUCUGUAGGAAAAGUCCACUGCAGUGCACGUACUGAUGUCUUGUUCACUGUAUGAAGCAAAACACCCAGAAGAUCCCUCACAACCCCUCCAACACUAGUCUCGUGAAGAGUAAAUUUAGCCAUAUCCUGCAUCCUUACUUUUUGUAUCUUAAGAAGUUUGCCGUGAGUAUUACGUACCUAAUUCAGCACCAUGCGCGCUCUAGGAGGCAGUUUGUCACGGGUGAUGAGAAAUGUGGAGCACAGUAACUUGAGGUCUGCGUAGGUAGAUACAUUUUUUGGUAUGUUUUUGUCAAGUACAAGAAAUGUGUCACAUGUGAGAAAGCACAAACUGCAUUACACGUGGCACUUAACAGAGCAGGGCUGCAGAAACAUGGCUUUUCACGCUGCACACGUGCUUUGGGCUGUUCUGCCAGAAAGUAGUACUACCUAAUAGCUAGAAGGUGUGCCAGUGAAGUUUGAAGUGAGCACUGUAAAUAAGUAACUAUUGUUUUGAUUCUAAACCCAGAUUGAAUUAAUAUAUGGUUUUAUAUCUUUGUUGUAUGAAAAUGUAUUUAAAAGUACUAAAAUAAAAUAUUUGAAAGAG